AUGCCUGUUUCGGUGAGGAAAUGCCAACCCUUUGAAGUCAUACAGCUACAGCAGAACUGGUACUUCUACCUGCCUUUACCUUUAAAAGAUAGACCGAAAUAUCUGAUGUAUACUGCUGUCCUGCAGGCAGAUGGACAUCAGCUUAUUCUGGAAGAGAUACCAUAUAUGUGGAACGCUGUAGAGCUGGUGGUCAGUGGGGAGACUGUAUUUCACUACAACAUCAAUGACCUGGAUUUAGGAGGUGAUGGCAAGUUGGAUCUACUUUGUGAAGAAGCCAGAAAAGCAGUGUUAAAUGCUUACCAAUUUACAGGGACACAUUCUCUUUUACCCUGGUUUUCUGUCAGGCAAUUUACUUGCAUUACAAACAUCAAUGAACAUCAACGCAAAUGCUCCAGGCAGACAAACUCGCCAGUGUGA